AUGGCCACAAGUGACGAUCACCAAGAAACUCUAGAACUAUCCAACCUCAAAUCACUUAUUGAAGAAGAAAAAAUAAAACAAUCAAAUAAUCCAGAGCAGGUUUUACUUUUUCUCGAACAACUACUUAUUCAAGAACGACAGCUAUUGAUUGAAGCUAAAAUACCAAAACAAUUUAGUACUCUAGAACAAUGUUUACUUAAUGAAAAUCGAAAACUACGUAUUUUACGCCGGAUUGCACUUCUUGAGCAAGAAAAAACGAAACAAAUGGAAGAAGAAUUGAAACAAAUACGGGAAAAAAGAAAAGCAAUGCUUUCAAUGGAACCAAUCAAACGAAUAAAAAUAGAAAAUGAACAUUCUUCAUCAUCUAAUGAUACAAGUUCAAGUUCAUUAUCAAGUUAUCUUGAUUUUUAUAAGUUCAAUGUAGAUGGUAAGAUUUAUUCAUUCGAUAUUAACGAUCUGUUAGAAAAUAAUAAUUAUUGUAAUGAUAAAAUUAUAAAUUAUGUUGAAAACUAUUUGAAUCAUUUUUCAUCAUAUUCUGAAAUAAGUGAAGAACAAAUUCAAUCAGAAUUUGAUAAUUUAAUAAUUAAUUUAUUACAAAUAUUUAAUCAUUCUACAUCAUUGAAAUAUAUAAGUACAUCUAAAUUAUGUUAUUUAAAAGAAAAAUAUCAUCCUGAUUGUACCUUUGUAUAUAAAAAUAUUAAUAUCAACAUUAAAACAAAACAUUCAUGUUUACAAGAUUUUGUUAUUUGUCUUGGUGAAGUGAAUUCACCACAAGUUUCUUUAACAGAUAAAUCAGUGAUUGGACAAACAUUACAACAUUUACGAAUGCUAUUAAAUUUACAACAACGUGAAAGAAUCUAUGGUUUUUUAACUAAUUUUACACAUAUUACAUUUUUUUACAUUGAAGCGGAAAAAUUCGAUCAUACGAUAAAUUAUUAUAAAAGUCAAGAUUUAGAAAUGUUUAAUUAUUUACCUGCAACAGCAUUAUCUAUUGAUACGAUAACAACAACUGAACAAUUGAGACAAGCAUAUGUUAAUAAAGAUACAUGGAAUAUAUUUACGAAGUUUUUAACAAUGAAUGCCAAUUUUUAUGAAUAUACACAAUUGAAUAUAAAUCCACUUGAUGAUUUACUUAGUAAUAGAUAUAAUAUUAGAAGAAAAUUAGGAAUAGGCGCAACUGCAAUGGUUUUUCUGUUAGAAAAAAAUGAAGAUAAUUAUUCAAAUGACGAUUUUCAACACUGUGUUAUGAAAAUUUUUAGAGAACAUUCAUAUUCAAAAAUGUUGUCAAAUGAACUUAAAAUAAUACAACAAUUAAAACAAAUCAAUAAUUCAAAUAAAUUCAAUUUAUUUUUUGAAGAUAUUCUAUAUUCGUCACUUACAGGUAAAUUUCUAUUAUUUAAAAAUAAAUUACAACAUAUAGAUUCAUUAUCAUUAAACGAAUCGAAACAACUUAUUGAUAUACUUCAUUAUUUGUAUGAUUGUAAUAUUAUUCAUCGUGAUAUACGUCGAGAAAAUUUGAUGUUUGAUAGUAAUAAUAAUCAUUUAAAAUUAAUUGAUUUUGGUUUUGCUAUUACUUAUCAAGCGGAAAAGACACCAAUAGCAGGUGCACUUACACUGGCUAGCUGUGAAUUUUUAAUUUCUGUUUUGCAAUACGCACGGCGCUUCUCAUUUCCAAUUUGUUAUGAUUAUAAGCAAACCUUUGAUUUAGAGUGUGCAUUAAAUCUUAUAUUGUAUAUGAAUGAUUUUUAUGUCCACCAGAAGAUUCAAUCAAUUCACAGCUUAUCACCUCCUAUCAAAAAAAUAGAUGCAGCAUUACAAUUUUGGGAAGAAAUUCAACGGAAAUAUACAACUUAUUCAAUAAUAUUACAUAAAAUAAAAACCUUAACUGACUCAUCGACUUUUGAUGUUAUAAAAGAAGAAUUAGAAAAUCUUAUCGAUUUUUGA